AUGUUUCGGCAGCAGCAGCAGCAGCAGCAGCAGCAGCAGCAGCAGCAACAGCAGCAGCAGCAGCAGCAGCAGCUCUUCACAAUUCUCUUCUUGGCGCCGCCAGCCACGACUAGUGUUGCUGCGCCCCCGCCAGGCCGCAGCUGCAGCGAGAGCAGCGUUCUAGGGAGAUUGCGAGUGAACGCCACUGCAGCAACAGCAGCAGCAACAGCAGCAGCAACAGCAGCAACAUGGCACCACAACCAACUGAUGCAGCAGCAGCAACUGUCGCAGUUGUACCAGCAGCAGCAGCAGCAGCAGCUAUGCCAGCAGCGCCAACAGUGGCAGCUGCAGCUGCAGCUGCAGCAACUGCAGCAGCAACAGCAGAAGCAGCAGCAACAGCCGCAGCAGCUGCUGCAGCUGCCGCAGCAACUGCAGCAAGAGCAGCAACAGCCGCAGCUGCAGCAGCAGCAGCGUCAGCUGUGCCAACAACAACAGCAGUUGCAGCAUCAACAGCAGCUGCAGCAUCAACAGCAGCUGCAGCAUCAACAGCAGCUGCAGCGGCAACAGAAGCUGCAACAGCAACAUCAGCUGCAGCAGCAACAGCAGCUGCAGCAGCAACAGCAGCUGCAGCAGCAGCAUAUGUAG